AUGAGGUCAAGAAUUCUCGCCACGCUUUGCUUGCUUGUUCUGCUCGCCCCUGCCGCUGCAGCCAGAGCCCUCGACUCGCCCCCGCCCGCCUUCAGGGUGAAAGACAAGGAACGGGAGACGGGAAUCAAGCCCGGCGGACCAACUGCCCAUGUCAAAGGGACCACCGAGGAGGCAGUCUCACAGCUGCGCACCAUCAUCCCGGCCUUUGGUCACGGCCGCAACCUGACUGGCGUGGCUACUGGCGGAGAUGCGCCCGGCGACGACAUCAAAGUCGGCCCCGACCCACGACCGGAUGACCUUGCUCUGCAUUGCUUCGGACCCUCGUGGCCCACCUCGAACUGGGCGGUCCACAUCAACUAUGAAUACGUGAAGCAACUCCGGGGUCGACCGAAGAGCCCCCUUGGGCCCGCAGAGUGCCGCCGAGUGAGCUGCCUCUGGGACACGGCCGUCUUCUGGUGCAACGAGACGACCGAGCUCAAACGGAUAUACUCGUACAACAGUAUCACCGCCGCGCUUCUUAGAAUCAUGAGGGGCUGCAUCAAACCGACGGAUGAUUUUCGCUUCUACGCCAACUGGGGGAAAGCCUCACACCCCGACGGCUGGCACGUCAAGGUCGGAGCGGGCUGGUGCUAG